GUUAGCACGUGAUCUGUCAGACUAUUUUUAUUUUUAUUGAUUAUUUACAUUAGACAAUAGAAAAAGUGCAAAGAAAGUAUUAUUUCAUAUUGUUUUAUAGGUUCUUUAGCUGCACACGAAAAAUGCCAGGUUUAAGGAAUGAUAUAGAAGAUUUUCUGGGAUGCAACAUUUGACACAAUGGCAUUGUUCGAUAAAUUCUUUUCUAUAAAGAGAAAACUCGACUACAAUAAAGAGCGCGGAUCACAAAACCAGGACAGCUCUUCCCAAAUAAACCCAGGGCAAGUGAGGUUGCUUUUAUUCAAAGAGUGCGAUCGGAGAGGGAGAAAGCUUCUGUUUGACUCGUCUACUAUAGAGAAAGUCCCUGCUAACAAAAAUGAUAAGCCGAGUAUUAAGCAGACCAGUGAGGGAUGCAUUGUGGAGGUCUCAGAGGGAUACUCCUAUAUCUACAAGGGGGCGGCGGCGGAUGCGAGUAUCCUCGGUGAGAUGAUAUUCGGCGCUGUGGCCAUGAAUUACAAGAAUGUUUCGUUGAAAAUUCAUAUCAUGGAUGAACCUACAAGACUGAUGUGCACUAAAGUAUUCUGCGUGCCAACCAACCGUCGUAUAAGCCGGGUGGAGAGGAGACAGGAGGAGGGAAUGAGAAAGCCGGAGGAGAGUAGUAUAACCAACGUCUCCAAGCCGCUAAAUGUACCAAAAGUUACGGAAGAAGGCGUGUCUAUGAGCUUCUCUAUAGAACGGGGAGAUUCUGGUUUCUGUGGAGAGCAUUCGUCGUACAGUAGCGUGGGUUCGACGUACGACUAUGUGUCCAAAUUCGAUAUUUUGGACGGAAACAAUACUCAGGAUGACUUGUAUACCUUCAGAGCCCCGUCGGGUCGCAAGUUGAGUACGUCAAGCAACGGUAGCUGGCAACGGCGUACCUUCCAGAACCUGGCCACCAGGUUCGACCUGGGCAACUCCAACUUGCUGAGCCUGCCGCAGACCGGCAGCAAUGUGACUAGCACCGAUUCACAAGUCUACAGUAACAGUUCGACAACUGACAGUCUCAUCAGCACCGGGUCAUCAGUAACGCAGCGGAGAAGCAAACUUGGGCUAGCUCUGCUGUUCACUGUCACCAAUGGCGCUGAAAUGGACCUAGUGCGGAGAUGCGUUGAGAACUCGCCGCAACUCCAAGCGCUUGUUGGCAGACUGCGGUUGGCGACGCUGGCGGCGGGCGCGGGUUCAGGGUUCGUGUCCACUCUACACCGCGCCGCCUGCGACGCCGCGAGGUGGUUAUCAGAUCUCAUGUACGGGCCUCGAUUACAACCCAUCUGGCUGCUUAUGGUAGCUGGAGGCAGAAGAGUCCCGAACAAUAUGGCGGAGACCCUCCUUUCAGACCUCUGCUUCGUACUUGCCAUGGGUGACACCAAGAAUACCAACUUUUUCAUCAGCACCCUUCUAACGCACGUCCUUACCUACCAUCUCGGCUGGGUACCUACAGUCAGUCCUUAUGAUACUGUGGACAACCAGAAAAGAGCAACAGAGGAAACUGAUAAACAAAAGCCCUACAACGCUCUAUGGGCGCAACUCAGCGACUUAUGCGGCAGUAUCGGAUGCCCUCCAAGAGCAGCCAGGACAAUCAUCAGUGGCUCCACUAAUGCGCAAUUCGUUCAAAGACUCCUAGUUGUUUUAACGUACUUUUUGCGGUGCGGUGACGUCAAGAAGAACGAUUUUGAUUUCCAAGACUGUGUUCUCAAAGAGACUAAAGUUGUUAACAUACAAGAGGUGAAAUCUGCCGAAAGUACUUCAGGAAAUAGUUUGAAAGUUCCGUCGGUGAAUACUCAAAGUAGUGAUAGUAGUGUGAGUACGUUGGUGGCGAGCGAGGGUGGCUUCAAGCGGUCCACCACGCUUGCUAACAUUAGUCAACAGCUCUCUAGCAGUUCGGAGGUUACAGAGAAUAGCAGCACGACUGCAAAACCUUCGGGAUUAUCGCUCAGAAGAAACCCCACGACGAUAGCUCCUUUGAGAGCGUCUUCAGAUAUCAGCUUAAGUUCCUCGGGGCCGGAAGAGGUCGUCGAAGAAAAGAACGUAUUGUUUGUCUUGGGUGAAAAUGAAAAAUUAGUCGGGCUCAAAAACAAGAAGUCCAAUGAUGGCAAGAGUGUCAAAAGAUCCUCCAAAGUCCACAUAGAGCCCAUCAAAUUGGAAGAGCCGAAAGAGGAAGUCUGUGCCAAAGAGAAACACGAGAGAAACUCCGACAGCCCGUCCAAAUGCUGCGCGCAAACACUUCAACAUUCCAAACCUAUCAAACAUUCCGGUUUUAAGUUCGAGUUCGAUAAGUACCCUCAGAUAGUCACUAAUUAUAUGAAGAGCAAAAACUUAGAAAUACUUGAUAGACAUUACAUAGGGAAACCGGGGAAUUUGAAGAUGGACAAUUUUCAGUUUGACCCGACUAUAGUGCCAGACUUUAAUAGUUUACAAGAGGAGAGGUGCGAGACUUGCUACCAGUGUCAACUGAUAGAAUCGACUCUACAGACUCCGACCAAUGCUUCUGAAAUGGAAUAUAUGAAUGACAUGCCUCGACCGUCGGAGCCUCAGUUUGCUAAGGAGACGAUUGUAAAGGAAGAGUCCCAUCGGGAGGUGUCUCCGAAGAAUUUUGUGAGGAGACGGAAAGAGAAUACUGUUGUUGUAAAUCCAAGUAAUACGGGCGCAUCUCAAUUGAGUAGAGAAGUCAGGAGAAGAUUGAUACAGGAAAAGAGGAAUAGAGAGUUCAAAGUGCAAAGAGUGGUGGAGUUUCCAGUGCCAGAGAUGUGUGCGUGCGUAAAGGAACCGGACAAGCCGAAAGCGGGAUUUGACGGUUCGAUGUUGGGAGGUGUCACUGACCAUUAUGUACCUGAUUUAGUUUUACAAGGAACAAUCGCCAAGUCAAAACUGUGGGAGGCUGAAUUGCGGCGAGACUUGGAGUUAGCAUCGUAUUUGAACAAGAUACAAGAGUCGCCAUUGCAAACUGUAGCCAUCAUAGGCGACACUACUACAUGGGAGGUUCGAGUGUUGGGUGGCGAGUGUGGUUCCGGCGGAAUGUCAUCUUUAGUGGCCGCCAUGUUGGACGCCCUGCCAGCCAUGUGGAAGGCCAAGGUGCCUGCUCAUCAGUGUUUAACCUUCCUAGAGGGCAAACUGCGAGAAUUCUGCGUGCUAUCAAAGACCUUAGCCGACAUGCUCCUAUGCCGGGAUUUCUGCGAUAUCGCGACUCUGACUCGCUCACUUAACAUCGACGUGAACGACGUACCUUUGUUACUAGCAGUCGCUACGACGCAUACCCCACAAGUCGCUAUGAGAUAUGGUAUUAGUUAUAGAUAGGUUAGGCUUUAAUCAACUUUAAACGGUAUUUGCAAAUAUGAGAGCAAGAUUAAACAGAAAAAAAGCUUUUGUACAACAUUUUACAGAUCUAAACACUUUACAGCAGAAUAAUGAGUCUAUAUAAUGAAAGUAUGUUGAUGAAUCUGUCUUCACAUUGACAAAUCUUUUACAAUGUGACUUCAUUUCUUUCUCUUUUUAUUCUUGUGGAGAUGAUUUGCUUCUUAAACUCAGAGUAAGAGAUGUCUGUAUGAUUAAUCGACCCCUGGUUUCUUGACGAUUUUGACAGUUUUAUUAAUUUAUCAAUAAACAAUAUUGAUUUACUGUUUCGGCACUCACAAUGUGGAAUCUGUUGACUUGCCUAACAUACUAUUAUCAUCACUGAGCUGACGUCAUGCUUGUUUUGAAAUAGGCCCAGCGAGAAUUCAAAUAUUUUUAAAAUUUACUUUGAUGGAUUGACUUAAUGAAAAAUGUUUGUGGUUUUUACUGAAUAAUAUAGAUUAAAUUAGUUCAGUACAUACCUAUGUUAAAAUCGUUAUUUUUGCUAUUUAUCAAAAUCCUGGCCUAAAAUAAUAAAUUUAUAUAAAUUAGGUCUAUAUUUUGCUAGACUCGUCAUACAGUGUGAUGAAUUGGUGAAAGGGAAUUUUUAUUUUAUAGUCAUUUAUAUUAGAUACAGACAGAUAAUUGAACAAUAUUUAUUUUUAAUGCAUAAUAAGUUUUUACAUUUCAUAAUUAAAAUAACGCUACUUCGUAAUUUAACUCAUGUUAGUCAAAAUGAAAUGUUUAAAAAAUAAGGUGAUUUUAAAAUUGUAAAUAUGGCAAUACUAAGGCCUGCUUAAAUAUUUUAAUGUUAAAAAAUUGUUGCCAUGAUAAAUCAAUGUCAACCGCUAAUACAUUUGAAGUAGCAAAUUACAAUGAUCUCGACUUUAAUAAGUGUCCAAUUGUCUGCGCUUAGGUCCGUGGUAUUGUGAUUCGGUUUUAGGAAAUACUUAGAAAAUAUGCAAUUAAACAAGAAUCUGUUGGCGUCAAAGUGCGAAUAGGUGAUAUUUACUUGUUUUAAGUUGAUAGAUUCGUGUUAUUUAAAAAAGAAAUUAAUCAUAAUGAAAUUAAAUUCGUUACAGAACUGCCUUAAUUUGAAUUAAUUUAUAAACUAUGCCAAUAUAUUCUUGUUUGUUGCAUUGGCAAUGCAAAUAUAUAUAUUAUAUCAAAUUAAAUUAGUAAAUGAAUUUAUAAAGUGUCAGGCUACACAUUCCUGUGUAUUCUUUUGGUAGAAAUGUUUUAAAUUAAAUUAUCCCGACCAGUGGAAAAAAGAAUAAAAUUUGGUGUGCAUAUUUUUAUUCUGUACGGUCGGCGUUGCCAUAGUAAAAAUUAAAGUAUUUUUUUUUUAAUUGUCUGAUAAAUAAGGACAAUAAUUUUUAGAUGCUUCGUUAUUAAUACCAAGCUUAAUUAUCAAAAUGUGGGAAUAUCCCUAUGUAUUCGAUUUUCUUAAUGUAGAUAAUAAUAAUGCAACCAAAUAAAUCGUAGGAAUAUGUGAAAAAGGAGGGGGUACCUGUGAUUAUUUAUUUUAAUUAAGUUUGUAUUGAGUGAUCGAUGUCGUGUGAUAUGUAGUUUAUUUCAUUGUCAUUUCUUUCUUAUUUUUUAGGUCCCUAAUAAUAAUAUUCAAAUAAUGUGAUAGUCAAAUCGACAAUUAACGUUGUUGACUGAUACUUAUAGAUUAAUUCAUACAUAUCCACAAGUUUUAUUUAGUAUCACAAUUUUACGACAGAAUUAUCACACAAUUACCGAGUCAAAUAUUAGUUUUUUUUAUAAAGUAUCAGAUGUAUAGUUUUGUAAGUCGUCAUUUUCAAUAUUUUUUUUUAUACCGUAUCAAUCAAUAAAAUUAUUUUUAUAUACUUA